AUGCAAGGAUACGAUGAUGAAUUCACCAAAGGUGGCUCAGCUUCAUACAGUUCAUACAAAUCACAAAUCACACCACGUUCAACAAAUGUUCAACGUCGUUCAGGUGCCCCAUCAGGAAUCAUGACACGCAUGUAUCAAUCCUAUUCGACUACCGGUGGUAGCGGCGGAUUCAAUGCAGGCGGUAUUGGCGCUGGAAUUUCAGGCUUAGCAUCCAUUGCUGGUCUCGGAAACUUUUCUGGCAUACCAUUACGGCCAAACCGUGGUUCGUCAGCCUUAGUUGCCGUCAAUGAAACACGUGAACGUGAAAAACGUGAAUUAUGUCAAUUAAACGACAAAUUCGCUCAAUACGUUGAAAAGGUGCGAUUUCUCGAAGCACAAAAUCGUAAAUUACAAUUGGAAUUAGAAGCUUUACAAAACAAAGCUGGCCAAGGUUCAUCCAAAAUCAAGGAAAUGUAUGAAGUUGAAAUGAAUGAAGCAAAGAAACUCAUCGAUGACACCACGCGUGAUCGAGCUGCUGCUGAAGUCAAAGCUCGUGAUGCAGAAAAAGAAGCUGGUCGUUAUCGUAAAAGAUACGAAGAAAUCUUAAACAGCCGUGAAACCGACCGAUCAGCAAUCGACCGUCUUCAACAGCAAAUUGCUGAAAAUGAAGCUCAAAUCAACUUAUUUCGACGUCGUUUAGGAGAUCUCGAAGACGAAGCACGUCGCUACAAAGCCGAAACACAACGUCUGGCUUCGGAAAUUGCUCGUUUACAAAAUGAAAUUCAAAAUGAAACAUUUGUUAAAAGUUCACUCGAUACAGAAAAGAUGGCGCUCGAAGAUGAACUCGCCAUGCUCAAACAAAUGCAUGAAGCUGAUUUGAAUGAAUUACGUUCGAAGACCGUUGUCGAUGUCAAUUUGGNAAUACCAAAUACUAUUGAGCUUCAGAUUUUACCGUCGAAACAUUCAUACAAAUCACAAAUCACACCACGUUCAACAAAUGUUCAACGUCGUUCAGGUGCCCCAUCAGGAAUCAUGACACGCAUGUAUCAAUCCUAUUCGACUACCGGUGGUAGUGGCGGAUUCAAUGCAGGCGGUAUUGGCGCUGGAAUUUCUGGCUUAGCAUCCAUUGCUGGUCUCGGAAACUUUUCUGGCAUACCAUUACGGCCAAACCGUGGUUCGUCAGCUUUAGUUGCCGUUAAUGAAACACGUGAACGUGAAAAACGUGAAUUAUGUCAAUUAAACGACAAAUUCGCUCAAUACGUUGAAAAGGUGCGAUUUCUCGAAGCACAAAAUCGUAAAUUACAAUUGGAAUUGGAAGCUUUACAAAACAAAGCUGGUCAAGGUUCAUCCAAGAUCAAGGAAAUGUAUGAAGUUGAAAUGAAUGAAGCAAAGAAACUCAUCGAUGAUACCACACGUGACCGAGCUGCUGCUGAAGUCAAAGCUCGUGAUGCAGAAAAAGAAGCUGGUCGUUAUCGUAAAAGAUACGAAGAAAUCUUAAACAGCCGUGAAACCGACCGAUCAGCAAUCGACCGUCUUCAACAACAAAUUGCUGAAAAUGAAGCUCAAAUCAACUUAUUUCGACGUCGUUUAGGAGAUCUCGAAGAUGAAGCACGCCGCUACAAAGCCGAAACACAACGUCUAGCUUCGGAAAUCGCUCGUUUACAAAAUGAAAUUCAAAAUGAAACAUUUGUUAAAAGUUCACUCGAUACAGAAAAGAUGGCGCUCGAAGAUGAACUCGCCAUGCUCAAACAAAUGCAUGAAGCUGAUUUGAAUGAAUUACGUUCGAAGACCGUUGUCGAUGUCAAUUUGGAUCCAUCACACUUCUUCCGCAACGAAUUAGCUCAAGCUAUUCGUGAUAUCCGUAAUGAAUUUGAAGCUUUGAAUGAUCAACAACGUGCCGAUCUACACAAUCGCUACAUGAUGUCAUACAAUGAAUUGAUUCUUCGUCAUCAAAAACCAGAUCUUGAUCCAAUUCAAAGUGAACAACAACGCGUACAAGAAGAGAAACUACGAACAACACUAUUGACAACACGUAAUGAAGUUGCACACAUGAAAGCUCGAAAUGAAGAAUUGAACAAUCGUAUUCGGGAACUUCAAUUACAUAUCGAUCAAGAACGUGAUGAGGGUGGUCGCGUUGUCCAAAAACGUGCUGCUGAAAUCGAAGAAUUACGUCGUAAAUUAGAACAAUUACAAAAGGAAUACGAAGAAGUGACAAACAUGAAGACAUCAUUAGAAAAAGAAAUCAACACCUACCGAGAAUUAUUAGAAGGAACAAAUAAUCGCGAAGGUUUGAAACAAAUUGUUGACCAUGUCGUCGAAGAAGCACGCCGUAUGGAAGCUGAACGCGCUACAGGAGGUUCGGGUGUUGCUGGUUCCAUCUCCUAUUCAGGCGGUGGUGGUCGAUCAACCACGAUCCAACGAACAUUUAUCAGCAGCAGCGGAUCAGGAACAAGCAAUGCUGGAAUUAGCAGUUUAGUUACUGGCCCUGGCCGUGGUAGCGGAGGUGCUUCAUAUUCGCAAACAACGUCCCGUCGCGAAUAUACAUCAUCAAAUUAG